AGUCGUGGAUGGUCGGAUGGAACACCGCCUCACGAGCGACCCUGGUUCGUCCCGGCGGUGCACGCGGCAUCCAAUAAACGUAUCUGCGAACGCUGGACUCGCGAGGUUUGCCCAUUUCUUCCCGCGUCUCCUUGACUUCUCUCCUCCUCCCUCCGCCUCCCCCGCCCAUCCUCCACCCCACAUUUCUCUCCCUCUUUCUCGGGUUUCUUGGAGCUCUCUGGAAACCAUAGCUCCAUCCAAAACCCUCUUCCCAUGAUCCUCCGAUCCAUCUCAACCCCUAUCGAUUUUCGGUACUCUUUCCUCCCCGUCAAGAACCCGGCCCUUCUCCACCGGAGCGUUCGGCUUCGCCGACGGCGGCCGACGCUCCGGGUGCAUUCUGUGCUCGAGGACCUCUUCCACAACCUCGUCUCCGCCUUCCCCUCCCCCACUUCCCUCGACCUCCUCGCGCCAGUCCUCGGCUUCGCUUCCGGCGCCGCCCUUUACGUCGCCUCCCGCAGCCGCCGUGGAGGUGGAGGCGGGGUCCCCGAUGCCGUUGUUGGGGAUUGGAUAUUAUUCACGAGCCCGACGCCGUUCAACAGGUGCGUUCUCCUCCGGUGCCCCUCGGUGUCGUUCGAGGACGGCGGCGAGCUGCUGGAGGGCGUGAACGAUAGGCUGGUGAGGGAGGAACGGCACUACGUGAAUCUGAGCCGGGGGAGGAUACCGGCGGCGAGGUUGGGGACUGAUGAAAAGAUCGAGGAGGAUGAGGUCUCGUACCAGAGGGUCUGCGUAGGAACCGAGGAUGGAGGGGUGAUCUCAUUGGACUGGCCGGACAAUUUGGACAUCGCGAAGGAGCAUGGCCUGGACACGACGAUGGUCAUCGUGCCAGGGGUGACCGAGGGAAGCAUGGAUAGAAAUGUGAGAAUGUUUGUUAUUGAUGCCCUCAAGCAUGGGUAUUUCCCGAUUGUUAUGAACCCCAGAGGAUGCGCCAGUUCCCCACUAACCACAGCAAGGUUAUUUACAGCUGCUGACAGCGAUGAUAUCUGCACAGCUAUCGGAUUCAUCAACAGAUUAAGACCCUGGACAACAUUGAUGGGCGUUGGCUGGGGUUAUGGUGCAAAUAUGCUGACAAAAUAUCUUGCUGAAGUGGAAGAGACAACUCCUCUUACAGCUGCUGUUUGCAUAGACAAUCCUUUUGACUUAGCAGAAGCCACGAGGUCAUUCCCUCAUCAUAUUGCUUUGGACCAAAAGCUCACAAGUGGAUUGAUAGAUAUUCUUCAAUCUAAUAAGGAGCUCUUCCAAGGAAAAGCUAAAGGUUUUGAUGUUGGAAAAGCUUUAUCAGCCACAUCUAUUCGUGAUUUUGAUGAAGCUGUAUCGAUGAUUUCUUAUGGCUGUCAUGCUGUUGAGGAUUUCUACUCAAAGAUCAGUACAAGGCAGUCAGUUAGCAGCUUGAAGAUCCCUGUCCUAUUUAUACAGACUGAUGAUGGGACUGUACCACUUUUCUCUGUUCCACGCAGCUCAAUAGCAGAAAAUCCAUUUACAAGUCUUCUUCUUUGUUCUUGUUUGCCUUCAACUAUUGUCACAACUGAGAGAUCUGCUAUUCUUUGGUGCCAAAAUCUAGCCAUUGAGUGGCUUUCAGCAGUGGAACUUGCACUUUUGAAAGGUCGCCAUCCUCUUCUAAAAGAUGUGGAUAUUACGAUCAAUCCUUCAAAAGGCUUAGCAUUUGUUGAUGGCAUAGCAUCAAAGAGAAGUAUUUCAGAUGGAAGUAGUUUCCAUGUGAGCUAUGAUCCAUCUCGAUUGUUUUUAGGCCGUAAGAGUGCAAAUGGAAUACAGAAAAAUGAUAAUGUACUCAAAGAAGGUGAUGGUGCAGUUCAAGAUAAAGUUAACAGUCACUCAAAAUCAAGAAAUGAGUUGCGUGAAAUGCAGAAAAAUGAUAAUGCAGGAAUAGAUACGGACAAAAAUGUUGAAGCCUUGCAGCCCAAUGGUGCAGUUAAUGCCAGUUGGGACAUACAAGGAGAUGGUCUUAUGGACAGUGAAAAUAGCCAAGUAUUACAAACUGCUGCUGCAGUCAUGAAUAUGCUUGAUGUUACUACACCAGGGACACUAGAUGAUGAACAAAAGCAAAAGGUUCUUACUGCCGUGGAACAAGGAGAAACACUUAUGAAAGCUCUGGAAGGAGCUGUGCCUGAAGAUGUACGUGGAAAGCUUACAUCUGCUGUUACUGAGAUUCUGCAAACUCAGAGUACAAACUUAAAUAUCGAUGGUCUCAAAAGGAUUGGAUGGCUUCCUAAUUUAACAUCAGAGCUGAAGUCAAGGAUCCAAGGUAAAAGGGGUACUGGCAGUGAGGAAAAAGCAGAAGAUGAUUUGGCCUGCUUAAAUUCAGGCAAUAACAACACUCAGGAGAGAAGUGAGUCUUCUCAGGAAAAGUCUGCCCCAGAUUCUGGACAUGUUGAAGCUGGGGCAGAAGUAGCAGGUAAGUCAAACCAGCCUAACAAAUUUGAGAAAGGAAUUGCGAGGAUAGAUGAGGCUAUAGGCGAGCAGCAGAAGGUCAAUCAAAGCUCUGAAAUAACUGAGAAGCACUCUGCAUAUGAUCAAGUGGCUGCAAGCGAUGCAAAUGAUGUCCAUAACAAUGAAGCAAAAAAAGUGGAUCCUGCAGUAGAUCAAAAUAAGCAAAUUUCAUCUACUAACACUGAAGAAGCAUUGUCAGAUGGCUCAUCCGCUUCUGUGCAGCAGGUGACAGAAAAAGCAGGGAAUGAAAUUACAAAGAAAGAAGAGAAAGUUACUCAGGAUAUGGUAGAUCAAAAUAUACAAAGUUCUUCCACUAAAUCAGAAGAAUCCUGGUCACAACAUCCGUCUUCUAAGUCCCCCUCAAUAAAUGUGACUCAGGCAUUAGAAGCCUUAACCGGGUUUGAUGACUCGACACAAAUGGCUGUUAAUAGCGUUUUUGGAGUCAUAGAGAAUAUGAUUGAUCAAUUAGAGAAAACGAGCAACCAGAGCAAUGAUGAUGAAAUAGAUAAAAUUGAGGAUCAAAAAUCCCAAAUUGAUGAUGAAGUAAAUAAAAUUGAGGAUCAGGAAUCUCGAAUUGCAUCCCAUGACUUCCCUCCCAUCAAUGAAACAAAAUAUGAUUGCAUAGAGGACAGUGACAAUAGACCAGCUGAAGUAUCAAAUGCAAGUCAACCAUGUAAUCAAGUUGAGAACAAUUUACAUGAAGUAGCUGCUGAGACUCAUGAGGGACUUGAAGAUAAGUGGGGCGAGGAUAAGCUAUUUGCAUCAUCAGGAGAAAACAGUAUCAGUCAGUCUGAAGAAUGUAAUUCAGGGGGUAAUUAUAUAGAUGGUAAGAACCUUAAUAUGGUUGGUUGUGUUCAAAAGUUUCCAUUAAACGUAGUUAUGAACUCUUAUUGGGGGCCACCAUAUGCAACAUAUCUCCAUAGAUAUCUUUCUGCACAGUCACCAAUAAUGAAAUCAUCAGAUCUAAAUUCAACAACUGAUCUAUUUCUUGACCCAGAAGAAGGUCGGUGGAAAAUGCUAGAUCAAGCAGGAAAUGCGAACAAUACUGUAGGUGAAAGUGGAGAAAACCGGAGCAUCAAUGGAAGUAGUCAUAUUAUCAAUGCUAAAUCAGAACAAGGUGAUAUGGAGCAAGCGGUCGAACCAUCCUACAUAAUAUUAGAUACUGAAUUUUCAAGAUUUGAAAAGCAGCAGUCUGAAGAGCUUAAUGAAAUAGAUGAUUCUAUCAAACAAGCUGAUGCUAAAAAAGAGGAGUUGAUUGGCUUAAUUAGGAAUGCUUUGCUGGAAGCUUUGAAGGUUGAAGUUGCUCGUAGAUUAGGCAUGCCUGACUCGAAGAAAAUGGACAGUAGUCUGGUGUGUGAUCUGGAACAAGUCAGCGAUGCAGUAUCCCGAGCUGUUGUGUCUGACGAUGUGAUGAAUUUGAACUCAUUUUCAGAAAGUGACGAUACUAGUUUGGUGAACCUUAGUGCAGUUGAGGGAGAGCACAUAAUAAAAGCCAUUUAUUCUGCAGUCCAGGAUGCCAGCCAUUUGAGAAAAGUCCUUCCAGUUGGUGUAAUUGUUGGUUCAAGCUUGGCAUCUUUAAGAAAGUACUUUCAGGUUGCUUCUCUGCAUGAUGAUGUCCAAAGCAAAACCAACCAUCAAUCAGGAAAUGUGGGGCAACAGUUUUUUGAUCAAGAAAGACACAUCAGGAUUGGGGAUCAACAUUCUGAUACAGAUAGCUCAUUAAAUAGUGAAAAUGAAACAUGUGAGAUAGACAAUUCAAACAAUAAGGGCAUCAUGGUUGGGGCUGUUACAGCUGCAUUGGGUGCAUCUGCUUUAUUGGCACGGCAUGAGCAAAAUAAGAGCCACAAAUAUGAUGAGGCCCUGGAAAGUCCUUCUGCCUUAUCUAAUGAGAAGGGAUUUCCCCAUUUAGAGCAUGCUAAGCUUGAGGAAGCGGUGCGAGAAAAAAACCAGGAUACUUUAGUGACCAGCCUUGCUGAGAAAGCAAUGUCUGUUGCUGGUCCUGUAGUACCUACCAGGAGUGAUGGGGAAGUGGAUCAGGAAAGACUGGUUGCCAUUCUGGCAGAAUUGGGACAAAAGGGUGGAAUGCUGCGAUUAGUUGGCAAAAUUGCUUUACUCUGGGGUGGCUUACGUGGUGCUAUGAGCUUGACAGACAGGCUUAUCUCGUUCCUGCGGAUUGCUGAACGUCCUUUAUUUCAGAGGAUACUUGGGUUUGCUUUCAUGGUGCUUGUUCUAUGGUCGCCUGUGGUGAUCCCCCUGUUCCCAACACUUGUUCAGAGUUGGACAACAAAGACUUCAAAUGGGAUCGCUGAAUAUGCUUGCAUUAUAGGUCUCUAUGUCUCUAUCACAAUUCUUGUUGUGUUAUGGGGUAAAAGAAUUCGGAGAUAUGGCAACCCACUCAAACAAUAUGGGCUGGAUCUGGCGGCACCCAGGGUCCAUGAUUUCCUCAAGGGCUUGCUGGGUGGAAUGAUGAUUGUCUUGUGUAUACAUUCAAUGAGUGGAUUACUGGGAUACGCAACGGUUUCUUGGUCACUAGGUCUGCCAUCAAUUUCAGCAGGUCCGGUUGUAUUGCUCAAAGCAUAUGGGAGGAUGCUAGCACAUGCUGUUCGAGGUAUUGUGACUGCAACUGGCAUUGCUUUAGUGGAGGAAUUGUUAUUCAGAUCAUGGUUACAGGAGGAAAUUGCUGUUGACCUUGGAUAUUACCAUGCCAUGGUGAUGUCUGGAGUCGCAUUUUCUGUGAUUCAUGGGUCCUUGGCUUCAGUACCAGGUCUCUUGCUGCUAUCUUUGGCGCUCUUUGGAAUAAAACAAAGAGUUCAAGGCGAGCUCUAUGUCCCAAUUGGGUUGCGUGCUGGGAUAAUAGCUACCAAUUUCACCUUACAAUCUGGUGGCUUUAUAAAAUACUGGCCUAGUACUCCCUUUUGGCUAGCCAGUGUGCAUCCCAUGCAUCCAUUUGAUGGAGCUGUUGGUUUAGCUGUUUGUGUAAUUCUGGCCAUCCUUUUCUUUCCCCAGCAACCUCUGAAGAAGGAAAUCACAGGAGUUGUUUCAGAGUAGAAUGCAAGUACAUGGGACAUCACUGAAUCAAACAUCUAGCUAGAAGCGAGGAAGAGUAGAUUCAGCAUAAUGAUGCUGCUCCCGCAAUGUAAAGGCAAUUCACAAAUUUUGGUAGAUCCAAAAUGCAAUGGUGCUGAGCUGUUAUCUGUGCUGGAGAACUGUUAAUAGUAUCUGGCGCAAGCUAACGUCCAGGUGAUGGAGAAUGGACCAUUAGCUUGUAUCUCACCAUGGAGAGGCAUCACCGUGAUUUUUUGCCUUGGCCUCCAGAACAUGGAGAGCUUGUGCGGUCAGUCUUUGUCAUCGAGAUCAUUGCUAUUGAAUAACCAUUGCAGAUAGCAGUUUUGGGAGGUUUUAGACUGUCAAUUAUAAAGUUAUGCAUUGUACAGAUAUGGACCGUGUUGUAUUUUACUAAAUAAGGUUAAAUAUAUAAGAUGCUCAACAAAUGCCUUGAAGAGCAUACUAGUUACCUAA